UGGGAGCUGUGAGGGCGGGAUGGGCGGGGGGGCGUGUGGGUGGUGCGGCAAGGAGGCGGAGACGAGGUGUACUGGUUGCAAGGAGGUGUUCUACUGCAGCAGGGCGUGUCAGAAAGAAGGAUGGGUGGCUCACAAGGACGCGUGCAGGCCGUUCACGGUGACCAAGAGGAAGGAUGUGGGUCGUCUGCUGGUGGCCUCACGUGACCUGGAAGUGGGGGAGAUGAUCCUGAGUGAGGCGCCCUUGGUGAUUGGCCCCAGGCAGGACUCGGAGCCCCUGUGUCUCGGCUGCUACAGGAGGACCUCGGGGGACUACAGAUGUUCCCAGUGCUCAUGGCCGCUGUGUGGCCGGCAGUGUGAGGCCAGCCCUGACCACCAGCCAGAGUGUAGGGUCACCAGGGCAGCCGGGAUCACCAUCUCCCUCCAGCAGGUCCCCGGGUCACCAAGCCAUCCCUAUGAACUGGUCAUGCCACUCAGGUGCCUGGUGGUGGCGGGGCAGGGCGGGGCGGAGGCACAGCGGUGGAGAACCUGUACUGCGCGGCUCAACACCACACGCCUGCAUUCCUCCACCACACAACACCAGCAGCAGCAACUACAGCUGGAGCAAGAGCACAUCCAGCAGCUGCAGCAGGUGGCCACAGCACUGCGGGACACUUUCAGACUACACAGCUGCCCGGGAGUUGAUUCCUCUGACGCCUCAAUUGUGACUAUCCUAAGCCUCCUGCAGCUGAACCAAGUGCCCACUAAGAUGCCGUAUGCUGAGGUGAUGGCACUCUACCCCAUGGCAUCUCUUGUCAGUCACUCCUGUAUGCCCAACACUAAGCCACAGUGGAAGGAUGGGAAGUUGACCCUGCUAGCCUCGGACCCAAUAGCAAAAGGAGACCCCAUCACCGGUCUCUACACAGACAUCCUAUGGGGCACACGGGCGCGCAGGGACCACCUCCGACACACCAGGCAUGUUAACUGUAGCUGUCGUCGCUGCUCUGACCCCACUGAGCUCGACACAAAUUUCUCUGCUCUUGUCUGUCGCCGAUGCAGAAAGAAUGUGCUGCCAUCCAACCCACUUGAUGACACUGCGCCCUGGGUGUGUUGCGGGUGUGGCCUGCAGGUAAGUGUGGAGGAGGCACUGGCCCUGAGUCUGGCCCUGGGUGCUGCAGUGGAGGAGGCUCUGGGGAACCCGACCAUCACCAGCCUGGAGGCCCUGCAGGGGGAGUGGCUGAAGAAAGUGCAUCCCAACCACUACCACCUGCAUGCCGUCAAACACUCCCUGCUGCAGCUGUACGCCAGGACGCAGGAGAAGGCAGACAAUGGGGACAAGGAUGACACACACUGGCAGGAGAUUGCCAAGAAGGAAGCAGCUUGCAAGGAGUUCCUGACAGUAUGCUCUCGCCUGGACCCCUCUACUGCCCACACCGCCCACUGUGUUGGCCUCACCUUCUACGAGUACCACAAAACCAUCCUGCAGAGCGCCCAGAGACACUUCGCCCUCAACCGCAUCUCCCGCCAACAGCUGAAGAAACGCAUGCUUCUCUCCAAGGCGUUGCUGAAGAAAACCAUGGACAUUUUUCGAGAUGAGGCCCCAGACACACCAGAGGGGCAGCUGUGUCACACGUGUGAGGAGGAGGUGAUACGGAUUGGGAAGUGGAUGCUGGCUGUGGGGCUGGUGUGAGUGUAAGAGAGAAGAAGAGAGGAGAAGAGGAAAUGGAAGGCUUGUGUGAUAGUGUGAGAAGAGAUGAGAGAGACUAAGAAAUGUAUGGAGAUGAAAGAUGAGUUUACAGUGAUGAAAGGUGUUAAAAUGUUUCUAAUAUAGAGUUAGGGAGAGAUUAGUUGCUGAGAACUGUAAUAGAGAGGAAGAAUGUGUUUCAAAAGGCAUUUAAUGCAGAGUUUGCUGAAAAAAUGAAUGAGAUACAGUGAGAAAGGAUGUUUAAAAGAUUUGUAAUACAGAGGUGAGGAAACAAAAGGACUAGGGAAGGAUUGUAAUAAAGAGAAAUAGGACUUCUGUGUGUGAGAGUGUGAGAGAAGCUGAGGAGGAAACGUGGGAGUGCGUGAGUGUGAGGAGGUGAGAAAGGUUGGGAUAUUGUAUAUUGUAUUAUUCAUUUACUAGCAUGGUUGGGAAAGCUGUAUUUAACUGAUCAUUUUCUUGGUUAAUUCUGGAUUGAGGUGAAGGAAGGAAGAAAGGUAGGAAUUUUUAAGGAAGGUUAAGGAAGGUAGUUAGACGUCUUACUAAUUAUUCAAACUGUCUUUUUGAUAACUAAUGGAAGUAGGUGUUGCAGUGUGGGGAAAUAAAUGUUUCUCAUAA